CGAAGAGGUAGAAUGAUGAGUUUUAGAUUAAAAGCUUCUCUUCUCCUACUAUCAAUCCUCCUAUUAACAAACUGUUUGAAUACUGAAGCUCAACAAUGUCGUCCGAGCGGCAAAAUAAGGGGAAAAAAACCUCCUCCUGGAGAAUGCAACCAAGACAAUGAUUCAGAUUGUUGUAAAGAAGACAAGCUUUACACAACAUACAAAUGUUCACCGCCAGUUUCAAGCCAUACCAAAGCCUGGCUCACUCUGAAUGGUUUCGAGGCAGGUCAAGAUGGCGGUGCGCCAUCAGAAUGUGACAACAAAUACCACUCAGAUGACACACCAGUUGUUGCAUUAUCAACUGGAUGGUUCAACAGAAAGAGUAGGUUCCUUAACAACAUCACCAUUACUGCUAAUGGGCGAAGUGUAGUGGCCAUGGUGGUGGAUGAGUGUGACUCAACUAUGGGAUGUGAUUCAGACCACGAUUAUCAACCUCCUUGUGAUGACAACAUUGUUGAUGCCUCCAGGGCUGUGUGGAAAGCAUUAGGUAUUCCAAGCGAUCAAUGGGGUGGUAUGGAUAUUACAUGGACCGACGCAAUGGGGUGGUAUGGAUAUUACAUGGACCGACGCUUAGUGUUUUUUACAUUUAUAACAUGA